UCGAUGAACUGAGAUAGCAUGCUGGCGUUAAUACGGGUCUUCGGCAACUCCACCACCUCCACCAUGAUUGCGGAGCCGCCUGAGACCGCGGACAACAAGCAAAAACUGAAAAUGAGCGCCCCGCGGGCGUCUAUGGGACGGAUUUCCCCAGCACCAAUUGGCGGAGACCACCACUCUCGCUCCACCAAUCAAGUGCGCGGAAAUUUUGAUGACACGCGCGCAGUCCGUGAAAGCAAUGGCGAAAGGAGGGAUGCGUCCGGAAGUGGAGAUUUCCUACUUAGUGACGCGCGGCGUCCCGGAAGUUGCCUCGGUCCCCCGCUGUGUGCCCAGCGGAGGCGGGGCUUGAAUGGGGCGGGGCCUGAGGCUUCCUCCCUUGAUCUCGGGCCUCCCCGCGGCGAUUUGACCCCGGAAGCUGGGUGCCGGAUCCAGUGCAGAUGCGGCGGGGGACUGCGGCCAGACCCUCAGAUCACAGCGGCAGCAAUGUUUCAUUUCUUCAGAAAACCUCCAGAAUCCAAAAAGCCUGCUGCACCAGAGAGAGAAGCAGAUGGGUUUGUCCUCUUAGGAGAUACAGCCGAUGAGCAAAGAAUGGAAGCAAGAGAUAAAACUUCAGAAGUAGAUGGCAGUCAACCUUUGGAGACGGGCCAAGGAAACUCAUCCCGUGUGACUGUAGCAGGCUCCGAGGCGGAAAAUAAGGCAGGCCACACCCUGGAAAGCGGCUCGUUAAUGGCCGAGCUCCUGAGCGACGUGCCCUUCACCUUGGCCCCGCACGUGCUGGCCAUGCAGGGCACCACCAGUGACCUUCCUGACCACUUACUCACCUAUGACAUCAGCGAAAACUUAUCACGGUUUUGGUAUGAUUUCACUCUUGAAAAUUCAGUGCUCUGUGAUUCGUAAUUUUUAUGUUUGUUUGCGCCGCAACAGCUUUAAAACAAAAGUUGGCCUGUUUAAUUUAACCUGUUGGAUGUUCUUUGCCAUUUCACUGUUUGGAGGCCCUCAGGAGAGCAAAGACCAUAAAGCAAAGCCAAUAACAUUAUGUUCAUUGCUCUGUGUUUUAGACUAAAGUAUAUUUGUAUAAAAAUGGAACUGAAGCUCUACUUCCUUUCCCUCAAAUAAUACAUAUAAAAAUGAGGCAAUCAGGGUUUUAUGAAAGGAAAAAAAUUCCUUCAACUGAGCUCUCAGAAGAUAACACCCCCAGUUUAUGUCCAAAGCACUGUGAAAAAUAACUGGGGCGCUUUCCUUACUUUCUGCAAGUCUGAAGUCUGCCCUCAGUGUGAGUGGGAAUUCUCUCUGGCUUGGAGGAAGCUUGAGUUAAUGUAAUCCUGUUUCUUCUUCCAAAAUAUUUAUGAAUUAAUUCAGGUAAGAAAUUGUUGCCGGUUAGCUUGAUUUCUUCACUCGUGAUUUAGACAUUGACGUGGAAAUUGAAAACUCUUCCUAAGAAGCGGUGGGAGUUUGCUGCCAUAAGACAGUUACAACAGGACUCUGGAUGCGUCUCUCUGAGUGACAGAUGUCAGGUUCCCCACAUCCACUGCCGUCCCUCCCACCUUGAAUGAUCCUGCGUCUCUGCCUGGCUGCUACUUCAGCGUGUGCUCACUCACCAGCUUUUCCAAAGACCUGUCCCGCUCCUGCCUCAGUUGGCAUUUGCUUUCCUCCCCACAUAUGUUCCCAGUUUAGGCAGAGAACCACAUUCCCUUUCAACUUCCCUGCCUCCUAAAGAAAAACAUCUCAUGAUGACACACAUUAUUGCUGAUAACACCCUUAUUUUUUUGUGGGCCACGAUACAGAUGGAAAUGUUUUAUUGCUAGAAAAACUGAAAUCAACUCAUUUCCAAUCAGAGUGUGGGCAGAACACCUAGAUAUGACUUUUAGUUCUUGAAUAUCCAGUAUUUAUUCCAACAAAAACAGAAAAGAACUGCCAUUGGUCAAUAAGCUGCAAAGGGAAGAGGUAAAUUGGAGUACUUUCUGUGCCACGUAAAAUUUAAAUCACAUUUGUUCUGAUUAGUAGCAAUAUGAGUUAUUAGCUCUGUGCCAAAUUUUUAGUAUAUGUUUCACAAAAAUAGAGUGCCAUAGCAAAACUAAACACUGUGCAUAAGGGUACAUGAAUUAUUCAAGUUUUAAUGUGUUAUGCAUGUUUGUUUAAUAAAUGUGACAUGGUCUUGAUAAAAACGCUACAUUAUUUAAAAGAUAAAGAAACAUUUCUAUUGACAAAAACAUGCUUCAUUUACAAAUAAUGUUACCAUAUGAGGCAAAUGAUUAAAUUAGAUCUCUACACAGUUCUCAUAAAACAUCAGUCUAGCAAAUACGACUUAUUACUAACACAAAUGUGAACAUUUUAUACCAGUUUUUGUGAAAACACAUCCUUUUGGAUAUCCAUGUUAAUGUACCUUAAACCUAAAUAUAAGCAUGUCAGCAAUUUAUCUAAUAUAUGUUAGAUUUUGUCAAAUAGUUAUACAUUUCAUUUAUAUUUAUGUCUACCAUGUUAUAAAUAUGCUUAUAUGUCUUUUCAUUUGCCUAAAAAGUCGUUAUAUUUAAAUAAAUGUAAAUUAAAAUAAACUGACAUUUUGAUUAAUUUCA